UUGGGUAGCAUUUAAUGAUUAACAUAGUUUAUAUGCUUUGAUAAUUUUUUUACUCAUAUCCUAUACUUUUCUACCUCUUUCAUCCUUGUAGGUUAAUUGGUUAGUCUCCACUAUAAACAAGUCUCGUGUUAUGAUUGGAUCGAAUGAAGCAUGUGGUUCAAAGAAACAAGACAUUCCGAAUCAAGGAGGAGAACCCGACCGAGUGUAUACAUCACUUAGAGCAAUAGUCAAUGAAGUUGCUUCACAAUUGAGAAAAAAUUCAGAUGAGGUGCUUGAUCCGGAUCCGAUAUCGUAUUGUAUACCGGAACAUUAUGGCGGGAUAAAUGCAUCGAAUAUCGAGGCACAAUCAAGUCCAUCUUCAGCCAAAGCCAAAACUAGGGCUAAAAGCACGCUAGUUGGGGAAGAGAUUGUAUCUUUUGUACUACCCCUGGAUUGUCAAAUUGGGACAGACUCGAGCAAGAAUAUCCAACAUCAAUCUUCAUGUGAAGAGAGGCUUCAAGAGUGGCAUAUUGAAUGCAGAUGA